UUUCACAUUCACUUCUUUCUCUCAUUUUCAACUAUGAACCGACGUGAGAAGAGCCGCCACGAGCUUGCGCUCAUCGCUUCUACAGGAGCAUAUCACACGUUCGAUCAAUGGACUCGGGCUCUGCUGCCAUUUGCUCAAUGGAAUCUGGUGCCCGGCGUUGGAAUGGACAAUUUCAUUUGGCUCACCGCACUUUCCACGUCGUUCACGCUGUUGGGAACGUUUUUCGUGGCGAGAAUGAUCGAAGUGCUCGGCCUACGCAACAGUGCGAUGGUCUCCACAGCGCUCAUAAUUCUCUACCAGCUCGUCGUCUGCCAGUUCAACAAUCUCUACAUCUACCUGAUCCUUCAGUCACUGUUGAUCUUCAACAACAUGCAAAUGAUCAUCGACGCUGCGAUUCUGAACAUGGAGAGCGAGGAUGGCGACUACAAGAAGCGGACUCGGCUCAUCACUCGAAUCAUGAUCCCGCAGAGCAUCGGGUACGCUCUUGGCCCCUACUGUGCUCUGCAGAUGAUCUUCUUCGUGACACCGUCGUUGGAGAUCUCACAAGCUUUGUGCGGCUUUCUAGCGAUUCUCACGUUGCUUCCAGUGAUUUGGAAUUAUUUUCCAGAUAAUCCGAAUUCCAACCUCUCCCUAGUUCCCGACCUGAGCGGCUACUUCGACGUGCUCAAAAGCGACAACGUGAAGCUCUACGCGGUGCUUCUUAUGAUGGUCACCGGUCCCUACACCGCCUACGACUCUCUUCUCAGAAACUCGAUGGCAUCAAGCGCAAUCCGUGAUCCCAACAACAUGCACAAUCUAUUCCUCACGCUGGGUCUCACAACGCUCUUCGUCAAUCUGAUACUUCUUCCGAAACUUCAAACGAUGAUCUCCACACAGGCGCUGCUCUCCGGCUCAUUUUCCGUGUUGGCCGGAAGUUAUUUGUAUUUAGCCGUAUUUCACGACCUGAUACAUUUGUUCAUUGGAAUGCCUGUUCAGGUUGCCGCAGCGACAAUCUGCAUCGGCGAACUCUCCUCCCAACUGAUGGGUGCCAUCGGCAAACGGAAGGCUGGAACAGCGGCGUCGGUGCUCCGAAUGAGCCAGCUCGCCGCGAUUCUGCUCGUCCCGUUUGUGCACGGAAUGAUUGUUCCACACCACGACGUCGUUUCGCUUUGCGUGAUGAGUGCUGCGAUUUCUGGCGGAGCUGUUGGGCUUGUCAAGAAGUUUGGAAGUUCCAUGGUUUUUAGUUCAGAGUAUUUGCCCGGUUUCUCGGCGAAAUUCGAUUAGAUUCUUGAGUGUUUUUUCCGACUUUUUUUUUUUUGAAAUAUCGGUGUAGUAUUUAAUGAAGUAUUGUUGUUUCAAUUUUUGAAAU